AUGGGAGUUCAAAUUUUGAACUUCGUUUCUGCUUCAUUUUCCUAUGUGUUCAGGGACUCGCUCAUGGAUUCUGGAGAUAACGACUAUCUUUUGACGCUCUCCACGGCCGAUUCGACUCCUUAUGGCAUCGACUUCAAGCCCUCUGGUGGUCAACCCACGGGAAGGUUCACCGAUGGCCGAUCCAUUGCAGACAUAGUCGGUCCAGCUCUUAGGGAAGAGUCAUUUCCUCCACCAUUCUUGGCCCCAAAUAGUCGAGAACAUGCCACGAGUAGGGGUAUAAACUAUGCUUCCGGAGCAUUAGGAAUCUUGGACGAAACAGGAUCCUUGUUCGUAAGUCCCAUUUCUAUUCUAAUCAACAGAGCAACAUACUCUCAAUUUGACAUCGUAAACUACAUCCUUAAGAGUUCAGUUUAUUCACUCACAAUUGGGUCUAAUGACAUCAUAAACUACAUCUUACCGUCCGUACCAUAUCUCUCUGCCCAGAAGUUGCUCCCCACAAUUACCAAAGUUUUCAUGAUCUCCAAUUUGACAUUGCAGCUCAAGAGGCUGCGUGACAUGGGGGCUAGAAAACUUGUCCUGGUUGGGAUCGGCCUGGUGGGGUGCAUACCCUUCGUCCGCGCCCUCAAUCUGUUUCUUCCCGGCGGAAGCUGUGUCAUACAAGUGAAUCAGUUUAUUCAGGGCUACAACAAGAAGCUCAAGGAGCUGCUUGACGAGCUGAAUCGAGAAGGAAGUCGUGAAGCCAUAUUCGUAUACGUGAAUUCAUACGACAUAUUAAUGGAAAUUGUGCUAAACUAUCGGCGACAUGGAUUCGAGAAUGCUGAUGCCCUGUGUCGUGGGGGAUUCUUUCCGCCGUUCGAUUGUUACAACGCGACCUCGGUGAUGUGCGACGAUCGAUCCAAGUACAUGUUCUGGGAUGCUUAUCGGCCCACAGAAGCCGCCAAUGCAGUUGUUGCUCAGGAAUUGCUGGAUGGAGAUCAAACGAGAAGCUACCCCAUCAACAUUCGUCAGCUGUACACCUAUCAUUUCCCCAGCUAG